CUUUUUCUCUUCGUGAUUUGGAACUUCGAGCUCUACAUGAUCCCACUGGUGCUCUUGCUGCUGUUGGCAUGGAACUACUUCUUGAUCGUAUCAGAGAAAGACAACAGACAACAUGAUCCAGUAGUGGAGGACAUGCUAGAGGACGAUGAAGAAGAGGAUGACAGAGAUGACAAGGACAAUGAGAAAAAAGGAUUUAUUAACAAACUUUAUGCUAUCCAGGAGGUAUGUGUCAGCGUCCAGAAUGUCCUUGAUGAAGCAGCUUGCUUUGGAGAAAGGAUAAAGAAUAUGUUCAACUGGACUGUCCCGUUCUUAAGCUGGCUGGCAAUUGCUGCCCUCUCCGUGUUCACAAUCGUCCUGUAUUUCAUUCCACUGAGAUACAUUGUCCUUGUCUGGGGUAUCAAUAAAUUUACAAAGAAGCUUCGAAGUCCAUAUGCAAUUGAUAACAACGAGCUACUUGACUUUCUGUCCAGAAUUCCCUCAGAUGUACAAGUGGCGCAGUAUCAUGAACUGAAACAAGAUCCCAGUCACAGCCCAAGCAAGAAGAAGAAAAACAAUCCUGGCUAG